GGUUUUUGUCUUUGCUUCCCCUUCGUCUUUUUCCGUACUUGUUUCCUCCCGCUCCUAACUCUCUCAAUCGCUUCUCUCCUCUUCUCUCUGUCUGACCGGCGGCGGAGCUUCCGGCUGCGGCUACUUCUGACGGACAAGCGCAGCUCCAAACCACCGUUAGUGAAAAUGGGGAGUGAUGACAGUCUGAAGGCAUGGGUAUCAGAUAAGUUGAUGUCACUGCUUGGAUAUUCUCAGCCCACAGUUGUACAGUACAUGAUUGGAUUAUCCAAGCAGGCUGCUUCACCAGCAGAUUUGGCGGGUAAACUAGUGGAGUUUGGGAUCUCAUCGUCAGAUACUCAUGCAUUUGCUGAUGAAAUAUUCUCUCGAGUUCCUCGUAAAUCUUCUGGUUUAAAUCAAUAUCAGAAACAAGAGAGAGAAGCUGCAAUGUUAGUAAGGAAGCAGAGGACUUAUGACAUUUUGAAGGCUGAUGAUGAUGAUGAUGAUUAUGUUGGUGGUGAAGAUAAAUCUUCCAAAGCUACUACUUCAACGUCUAAAAAGAUUGAUAGCCGUAACAAACGUUUCAGGAAGAAAACUGAAUAUCAAGAUGAUGAAGAUGAUGAGGUAAUUUCAAGAAAGGAAAUGGAGAGACAAGUUAAGAGACGAACUUCUCCCGGUGAAGAUACUGGAUCAGAGUCAGAAGAAGAAAGAUUAAAAGAUCAAAGAGAGAAGGAGGAACUAGAGCAACAUCUGAAAGAAAGAGAUGCAGCAGGGACCCGGAAGUUGACUGAACAAAAAUUGACAAGAAGGGAAGAAGAAGAGGCAAUUCGAAGAUCUACUGCACAAGAGCAGGAUGAUAUUCAAGCUUUGAGAAAGGUUUCAAGGCAAGAAUACUUGAAGAAAAGGGAGGAGAAGAAGUUAGAAGAACUGAGAGAUGAUAUAGAAGAUGAACAAUAUUUGUUUGAGGGCGUGAAGCUUACCGAAGCAGAAUAUCGUGAGCUUAGAUACAAGAAAGAAAUAUAUGAACUUGUAAAGAAACGGUCAGAGGAGGCUGACAAUGUCAAUGAGUAUAGGAUGCCAGAAGCUUAUGAUCAGGAAGGUGGUGUUAAUCAGGAGAAGAGAUUUUCUGUGGCUAUGCAACGUUACAGGGAUACAAAUGCUGAGGAGAAAAAACAAGCCGCCGAUGACUAUCAGUUUGUUUUCGAGGACCAGAUUGAUUUUAUCAAGGCAUCAGUGAUGGAUGGAGAUAAUUUUGAUUAUGAAGAAAUGGAAGAUUCACUUGAAAAGUCCAGAGCAAAGUCAGCUUUAGAGGCACUUCAGGAGGAGAGGAAAAAGUUGCCCAUUUAUCCUUAUCGGGACGAAUUGCUCCAAGCCGUGCGUGAUCAUCAGGUGCUUGUAAUUGUUGGAGAAACUGGUUCUGGAAAGACCACACAGAUUCCCCAAUAUCUUCAUGAGGCUGGCUACACAAAGCAAGGAAUGAUUGCAUGUACCCAACCACGGCGUGUUGCAGCUAUGAGUGUUGCUGCUCGUGUUUCUCAAGAAAUGGGUGUUAAGCUAGGACAUGAGGUUGGUUACUCUAUCCGGUUCGAGGACUGUACAUCGGAGAAGACUAUUCUGAAAUAUAUGACUGAUGGAAUGUUGUUGAGGGAAUUCCUUGGUGAACCUGAUCUGGCAAGUUACAGUGUUGUCAUGGUGGAUGAGGCUCAUGAAAGGACACUCUCAACUGAUAUUUUGUUUGGAUUAGUAAAGGAUAUUUCUCGUUUCCGGCCUGAUCUUAAGUUGCUGAUAUCUAGUGCUACACUAGAUGCAGAGAAGUUCAGUGACUACUUUGAUUCUGCUCCAAUAUUUAAAAUUCCAGGGAGACGGUAUCCUGUUGAAAUAAACUUUACAAAAGCACCAGAAGCUGACUAUUUAGAUGCAGCUAUUGUCACAUCACUUCAAAUCCAUGUCACUCAACCUCCUGGUGAUAUCUUGGUGUUCCUUACUGGUCAAGAAGAAAUUGAAACUGCUGAAGAAAUCUUAAAGCAUCGAACUAGAGGCUUGGGCACAAAAAUUGCCGAGUUAAUAAUAUGCCCUAUAUAUGCCAACCUACCAACUGAGCUACAGGCUAAAAUAUUUGAACCCACACCUGAAGGGGCAAGAAAGGUUGUCCUUGCAACUAAUAUUGCUGAAACAUCGUUGACAAUUGAUGGGAUCAAGUAUGUCAUUGAUCCAGGAUUCUGUAAGAUGAAAAGUUAUAAUCCAAGAACAGGAAUGGAGUCCUUAUUGGUAACACCCAUCUCAAAAGCUUCAGCAAUGCAAAGAGCUGGGCGUUCUGGAAGAACAGGACCUGGGAUGUGCUUCCGAUUGUAUACUGCAUAUAACUUUCACAAUGAUCUAGAUGAUAACACUGUUCCAGAAAUACAACGGACUAACCUGGCAAAUGUAGUGUUGACUUUGAAAAGUCUUGGUAUUCAUGACUUGCUUCACUUUGACUUUAUGGAUCCUCCACCUGCAGAGGCAUUAUUGAAAGCCCUAGAGCUUCUGUUUGCAUUAAGUGCACUAAAUAAACUGGGUGAGUUAACAAAGGUUGGAAGACGGAUGGCAGAGUUCCCAGUUGAUCCUAUGUUGUCAAAAAUGAUUGUAGCUUCAGAAAAGUACAAGUGUUCAGAUGAGAUCAUUUCUAUUGCUGCUAUGCUUUCUGUUGGGAACUCGAUUUUUUAUCGUCCAAAGGAUAAACAAGUCCAUGCAGACAAUGCAAGGAUGAACUUUCACACUGGAAAUGUUGGAGACCAUAUUGCAUUGCUAAAGGUCUACAACUCAUGGAAGGAGACCAACUAUUCAACACAAUGGUGCUAUGAAAAUUAUAUACAGGUAAGGAGUAUGAAACGGGCUAGGGAUGUCCGUGAUCAACUCGCAGGUCUUCUAGAGCGGGUUGAGAUUGAACUAACGUCAAAUUCUAGCGAUUUGGAUGCCAUCAAGAAAUCCAUAACAUCUGGAUUUUUCCCACAUUCUGCACGACUGCAAAAGAAUGGAUCAUAUCGAACUGUUAAACAUCCACAGACUGUUAACAUACAUCCUAGUUCGGGGCUGGCACAGGUUCUUCCAAGAUGGGUUGUAUAUCAUGAACUAGUGCUUACAACCAAAGAAUAUAUGAGACAGGUCACUGAAUUAAAGCCAGAGUGGUUGGUGGAGAUAGCUCCUCACUAUUACCAGCUCAAGGAUGUUGAAGACGCUGGUUCCAAGAAAAUGCCCCGUGGAGAAGGACGUGCACAAUAGGACAGGCUGCUGAUGACACAUCGUUACAGAUGCUGUGCUAGCUGGAAAUACUCAUGGUGUUUUCUUGGAGACCAAAAAAUAUCGUAGUGAAACUUGGUAGAAGCGGCACACUGUAAAUAUUGUUUUUGCUGUACUAUACAGAGCAUUGCUGUAAUAAUUUCAUCACCUGUUGAAAAUUAGCCUUAAGCAUAGUAACCUUCCAUGUCGCACUUGCAUCCUUGGUGUGUAGGUUAUAUAUACUUGUAUCUAGAAUCUUGAUAGCUGAGUGGGAGUAAUUUAAACAUGUCAUUUAACUAUAGAGAAUUUGUCAUUUUAGGCUUCAGUUUCAACUUUAGGUGACAACUGACAAGUGGGUCUGAUCUGGUUCGUUAUUGUGUUGCUGCUUUAAUGUUGUAUAAGCCAUUGCUUGAAAGCGGGUUGCAUUUUCCUUAGCAGCAUGUAGUUCUACUGCACAUAACCAUGCAUAUUUCGUUUGAUUUGGCAAAUACCAUUGCAAUGAUGUAAUCUAUUUUCUUUUUGGGGUCAACAAUACUGUACCUUGACAUUCCUUAUUUUGCCUGGAAUGAAUGCUGCCAAAUGUUGCUUUCA